CGUGGCGUUCGGACGCGCGGCUACCCGAGAUCGCAACAAACAAACAAAGGGAAGCACAAGAGAAAAAAACCAAAUCUUUAUACACACACGCACAGACCAUCUCAGCGGUCACAGCUAGGGAUCCCGGGACCGACGCUGGGUGUGCUUAUCAGCAGGCCCUUGCCCAACAACCAAACAGUACACCUGUGCCGCUCAACACGGACGGAUGCUGGGAGUGGUGCCGUAGCCCGGCUGGCGUGAAUUUUGCAGUUCAAAUUGACAGUUGGUGCCGUGCGCAAGGAACACAUUGCCGGACAGUGAGUGUGGUGUUGCCUUUCGUUCGUGUCGCGUAGAAACAGUGUUUGAUAUUCUUUACUGUACGUACAAGUGCUAGCUGCCAGCGAACCUAGUAUCCUUAGUAGCAGUGCAGUAUCUCUUUCUCUCGCUGUGGAAGUUGCGGUCCUUCGAACAGUAACAGCAGUGCGCAAGGUGUCCACUGUGCGCAAGUAUUGCUGCGACUGUGAACUAACUGGUGGUUUAAGAGUUUCGAAUAUCGAAAACAAAACAAGCAAGUGAUAGUGACACGUGCUAUCGUUACGCACGGUGACAGUUGUCUGGUGGUUUACAGCGGUACGCGCGCAACCAGUGAAAUAAUAACAAGCGGCACCACAGACAAAGAUUGAGCAUGCGGCUGACGAGAUUAUUUUACUCCACGUUACUGAUAGGAAUACUGCAGCUGACGGUGGCCGAGGAUCAGGUCGAGGUGGUGAAAUCGGUCAGCCCAGGCGAUGAGGCGGCAAAGCGCGACAACGAUUCGGACCAGGUGGCGCUCGAGUCGGUCGAUCAGGAUCUGCAGGGUUCUGCACCGGUCCAGUCCGCCUACCCGCAGCACUUGCCGGCGCCGCUGGGCCACGGACCGGGCGCUUUGGGAGGCCCAGGCUUGGCGAAGCAUGGCCCGGGGCCACAGCACGGCCCACUGCCCCAUCACGGACCGCCGAUACCGCACGGCCCCAGUCGAGGUAAGCGCCAUCUUCGCCCAUCGUCCAGCCCAGCCCGCGCUUUGGCGCCGCCCGGCGCAAUUGCGCCACCGCCGCCACCGCCGCCACCCGGCUUGCUCAAGGCGCAGGCGAGCGAGCUCAGCCCGGAGAAGCUGUACGGGCCGCCCCUCGCCGGCAACGAGCUGUGGUCGUCGCCGCUCCAGGACAUGCCCAAGAUCGUGUCGCUCGACGUGAAGUGCGAGAAGCAGGGCAUGAAGGUGUUCGUCCAGUUCGACAAACCGUUCUUCGGCAUCGUCUUCUCCAAGGGCCACUACAGCAACGUCAACUGUGUGCAUCUGCCGGCCGGGCUCGGCAAAACGUCCGCCUCGUUCGACAUCGGCAUCCACGAGUGUGGCACCGCCGGCAACACGGACAACGUGCUGUACAACGGCUACUCCGGCACGGACACGAACGCGGGCUCGUACUUCGAGAACAUCAUCGUGCUGCAGUACGACCCGCAGGUGCAGGAGGUGUGGGACCAGGCCCGGAAGCUGCGCUGCACCUGGCACGACCAGUACGAGAAGUCGGUAACGUUCCGGCCGUUCCCGGUCGACAUGCUCGACGUGAUACGGGCGGACUUUGCCGGCGACAACGUCGGCUGCUGGAUGCAGAUCCAGGUCGGCAAGGGCCCGUGGGCGUCCGAGGUGUCCGGGCUGGUCAAGAUCGGCCAGACGAUGACGAUGGUGCUGGCGAUCAAGGACGACGACAGCAAGUUCGACAUGCUGGUGCGCAACUGCAUGGCGCACGACGGCAAGCGGGCGCCGAUCCAGCUGGUGGACCAGCGCGGCUGCGUCACCCGCCCGAAGCUGAUGUCGCGCUUCACCAAGAUCAAGAACUUUGGCGCGAGCGCCUCGGUGCUGUCGUACGCCCACUUCCAGGCGUUCAAGUUCCCCGACUCGAUGGAGGUGCACUUCCAGUGCACGAUCCAGAUCUGCCGCUACCAGUGCCCGGACCAGUGCACCGAUCCGGGCGUGCUCGACGUGCACCACCUGUCCGGCGGCCCCGAACACCAGCAGUACGGACCGCCGCCGCCGCCACCCCCGCCGUCCCCGCCCCAGUCGCUCGAUGCGCACGUGUUCACCUCGAACCGGAAGCGGGACGACCGGCGGAUUCGGCGCACGCGCGCCACCGACCCGGAGCAGAAGGAGGACGUCGGGCUGAACCGCGUCAUCCGGGUGGUGUCGCCCGGCGACCUGACCUUCCCGAUCGGGCCGAGCUCGGCCAACGAGACGGAUGGUGGUGCCGCCGCCGCCGCCACGAUGGUGUUUUCGGCCCGCGAGGAGGGCCUGAUCUGCAUGACCACGCCCGGCUUCACCGUCACGAUCGUCGUGCUGCUGUCGAUACUGCUCGCGUCCUGCGUCACGUCCGCGUUCCUCUGCAUACGCCUCAAGCCGUUCUCGCUGUCGCGGGCCAAGGAGCGGUCGGUCGCGUUCACCAACCCGCACCUGACGCCGGCGGGCACCGUGCUGGCCAGCGGGGCCAGCUCGAUCGUCGGCACGCUCAAGUCGACCAAGUCGGGGGCGGCCGCCGCCACCGCCAGCAGCAACAAAGCGCGCAUGUUCUACACCUGAGCCCGGGCUGGGCGGUGCAGGUUCGAACCCUAACCUUUUCCCUGCAGCAACAGACACACGCACACACAGACACACACAAACACAUCAAUCUCUCCCCCUCUCCCC